AAUGAUCUAGUACUGAUCUGCAGUAUCGAAAAUUGUCGGCACAGAGGGCCAAUAGCAAGCCACAGCAUAGCUUAGCGAUAAUUGUAACUCAGGCAUGUGUGAAGGUGGCCCGGGGUCCUUUGUUGAGCAUGCAUGUUGAUCACCACGCCGAUGAACAAAGUACAGCGCCGAGUACAACAUCGGGGAGACGGAAGACCCGUAGACAAUACUGGUUAUACUCCAUCAGUCCGGCCUUCAAUCAGACAAAGGCCAUGGCAGCCACUCGCCGCGGUCUUACGUUGCUGCCUCUUGAGAACAAGCUCGAGAUCCUCGCGUACAUCCUUGACGCCCAAGCUCACCAGAUCAUUCCCAGCCCCCUGCUGCAGAUGUCCAGAUACACUCGCCGUACUGCUUUACGCCAGCUGACCCACGAUAUCACUCUGCAACUCGACAUCCAUCAUGCCUCCUACAAUCGCUUCUGGGAAGUCAGCUUCACGAGUGCUACCGCCCCUGUUCUUCGCAGCCCUUCGCAGCCCCACCUCGUUGGCAAGAACGCUCUCUGGCCUCAUUUUCGCGAGAUACUCAACAUCGAGGAGGUGCUUGGUCGUGUGCACAAGCUAUACAUCAAAUUCUCCUGCUUCCGCGAGUUGGCAUUCAGCAUCGAGUUUGCCGCAGGCGCAGCUCCUCGCAUCACAGUCCAUGCCACGACUCCUGUCAAUCCUGCUCACCCAAUGAGCCCUGGAACUUUCGUCUUCAACCCUAGUGUACAGGCUUGGACCACUGGACCACCUCCUGGACCCCCUUCACCAGGUAGCUGCGACAUCUCCUGGAUUAAAGCUUUCCUUACAGACAUGCGCAACGCCUGUGAGCAGCAAAUGACCCAGCAGGGUGCCAGCUACAAGACGCUCUUCAAUCGCGUGUUGGUAGAGUUGCGCAUGCGCCAGCCUUACCCCGGAGUUCGUGUACAGCUGAGGAAGGUUCCAGACAUGAGGGUGCUGGACAAUGGAAGCCCAGACUACAACAAGAUCCGCGUCAUGCAGCCUUUCCGUGGUCCUCAUCCGGCGAAGAGGCUCAGAGGCGAGGAGAUGAAUGCGAUGAUGCACAAGAAGAUGCACGAGCUAAAAGAGGAACGCGAGAAAAAGAGAGCUGCUGCUCUAGCUGGCAGGAUGGAGAGAGCUUCUCUUGUCGUUCGCUUCCGCUGAUACAUUGGCGCCCUGAUUCUUGCCGCUGUGCAGAGAUUGGUGGAGUUACACAUCAAUUCGUGCUCUUGUCGUAUCCGGAGGAUCUCUUGGGCAAACAUGAUUGCGAGUGUGGUGUUGAUCUGACUCUACAGGCUUAUUUGCCAUUAUUGUCUGGCAUGCUGAAAAGAACCAGGAAGGG